AUAUAUUUCUGUUAAGGAGUCCGGCUGGUUGGUUUGGUCUUUUUGGUAUUCCUAAUUUUUGUUCUGAAAGGUAGAUUUUUAUUAAUUUUUUAAUUAAAAUACUAUGGUAAUAUUAUAUAACACAUAAAAAAAAUGAUAUCUGUGCUGAAGCGACUGCUCUCACCGAAGAGUAUUAAUAUUGCCCAAAGUGUGGUUUCUACCAAACGUCCUGACAUUUUGAAAGAUUGUACUAGAUGCUACUAUAGAACUUUAAUUGUGCCUCAGACCAAAGUAUUACAGUUUCAAUCUGUAUGUGUUCAGCAAGUGCGUCAUGAAAGUUUUUUUAAAAAACAUACGGCUGAACACAUUUGGAAAAGUGUUACAAGUGUAAGUAAUGCUGGUAAAAAACGUGGUCGUGGUAAAGGUGCUGGUAAAAGAAGAGCAAAAAAUCUUAAUAGAGGACAAAUCAUUGGUGUAGGUGUUGAUAAUAUUAUAUGGCCUGGGCUCAAUGCCCCAAUAAUUAAAGGGCGAGAUCUAAUAAAAAGAACUAAAUUACCGCCAGAUCCUGAAAGACAAGCUCGUCUUAUUAAGCUUAGAGAUUCAAUGGGUACAUUUAAAAUGUUAAGGCUUUCACCAACUGAACGAGGUUGGUCAGGUUCCAAAAUGCCUGGACGCAGUAUAGGACCACCAGAUCCUAUAAAUGAAUAUAACUUUGAUGGUUUUGAUACCAAAGUGUUAGAAUUCAAAACUGUAUUUUGUAUGAAAGCUAAUGCUGGUCGUUAUAGAAGAAUAAGUGUUGUUGCUGUAACUGGUAAUAAAAAUGGUUUAGCUGGUUUUGCUUUAGGUAAAGCAGCCGAUUCUAGAGCUGCACUAAGACGUGCUAAAAAUAGGGCAGGACAAAAGUUAAUGUAUAUUGAACGGUACAAUAACCAUACCGUUUAUCACGACUUCUUUACACAAUUCUGUAACACUAGAAUAUUUGUGGAGAAAAGACCUGAAGGUCAUGGAUUAAUUUGUCAUCGUGCUAUAAAAACAAUUUGUGAAAUUAUUGGUAUUAAAGACUUGUAUGCCAAAGUAGAAGGUUCUACCAAUUUACAAAAUGUUGUUAAAGCAUUUUUUUUGGGCUUAUUAAAACAGAAAACUCAUCAACAAUUGGCCGAUGAAACAAAUUAUCAUCUUGUAGAAUUUAGAAAAGAAAAUGAUUACUUACCAGUAAUUGUUGCUUCUCCAAAAGGACCUGUUAAAACAGAUCCUAAAGAAGCUCCUGAUUUUUUGCAGUAUGUUAUGGAUAAUAAAGUAAGGUUACGGAAGAAGAAAUCCUUACCAUUUUAUACCAAAAAAACUCAUUGGUAUAUUAAAGAGAAAAAAAUUGAAACUAUUAGAAAUAUGGAUAAGGCAAAGUAUAACUUGUUAGCUGAGUAUGGUGAAAUAAGGAGUUUUUUGACUGAUAAAUAUCCAGAGUGUAGACCAGUUCAAAAGAAAUCAUUUGUAAAACAAACUAAUGAAGAUGAAAAUCAAUGAGGAAUUUAUAGUUGAUUAUUAAAAUACUUAUAAUAAUUUGUAAAUUAAAAUUAUUUUAAUGUUUUGCAUA